CACGACAGCAGUGACGCAGCAGUGACGAGCUCUCCGUCUGGCCGGUGCUUUGUCUGUAGUCUUUCAGCACCAACAGACUGAUUUAUACAGAAAUUAAGUGAAUAUAAAGCCACACCGGUUAUACCUGUUAGUCAGACAUUAAUCCGAGAUAACGAUGAGUAAACGGAAAGCGCCACAAGAGACUUUAAACGAAGGGAUCACGGAUUUUCUCAUCGAAUUGGCCAAUUAUGAAAGAAAUGUCAACAGGGCCAUCCAUAAAUACAACGCUUACAGGAAAGCUGCAUCUGUGAUUGCUAAAUACCCAAACAAAAUCAAAAGUGGCACUGAAGCAAAGAAGCUGGACGGAGUUGGUGCCAAGAUUGCUGAGAAAAUAGAUGAGUUUUUAACUACAGGGAAACUUCGUAAACUGGAAAAGAUUCGCAGUGAUGACACCAGUUCCUCUAUCAACUUUUUAACUAGAGUGACUGGAAUUGGCCCGGCCGCUGCGAGGAAGUUUUAUGAUGAAGGAGUCAAGACCUUGGAAGAUCUGAAGAAGAUUGAGCACAAGCUGAACCACCAUCAGCAGAUUGGCCUAAAAUACUUUGAAGAAUUUGAGAAGAGAAUUCCCCGUUCGGAGAUGCGGAAAAUGGAGGCUCUGAUCUUAGAAGAGCUAGAGAAGUUGGACCCGGAGUACAUUGGCACUAUUUGUGGCAGCUACAGACGAGGCGCGGAGUCGAGUGGUGAUAUUGAUAUCCUGCUAACCCACCCAGACUUCACUUCCCAGUCUGAGAAACAACCCAGACUGCUUCAUGCAGUGGUGGAGCACCUGGAGUCUACUGGCUUUGUUACUGAUACCCUCUCCAAAGGAGACACUAAGUUUAUGGGCGUAUGUCAGCUGCAGAGGGAGGAUGAGGAUGAUGAUGAUUAUGAUCACCGGCGUAUUGAUAUCAGGCUCAUUCCUAAAGAUCAGUAUUACUGUGGUGUGCUGUACUUCACUGGAAGUGACAUAUUCAAUAAGAAUAUGAGGACUCUCGCCCUGGAGAAAGGCUUUACCCUGAAUGAGUACACUAUCCGUCCACUAGGGGUAACUGGUGUACCUGGAGAGCCGUUGCUGGUGGACAGUGAGAAGGACAUAUUUGACUACAUCCAUAUGAAAUACAAAGAGCCAAAGGAUCGCAGCGAGUGAAAAAACUGAGCCAGAGAGACUUCAAUAAAGACUGAACUUGCAGGUGCUCAGUCUUUUCAUCAUCAGAGACAAAAUCUAAGAGCAUACCUCCUCAGACUGUGUUUGCAUGUGUGUGUGAGUGGGUAGCUCAGUGAUGGGUCAAAGAUUUAUUGUUUUUUUUUUUAAU